AUGGCGGCCUUCAACAAGCUCGGUGGCCUUCUAAGGCACAGUGCUCUGGCGAGCGGUGUCGCUGCUAGCUCUUCUCCUGCAGUAUUCAAUGCUGCUCGGCUCAUGUCCACCAAGCUAUAUGUUGGUGGUCUUUCAUGGGGUGUUGAUGACGUGAAACUGAGAGAAGCGUUUAGCGGCUUUGGAGAUGUUGCUGAAGCGCGAGUGAUCACGGACAGGGAUACUGGGAGGUCAAGAGGCUUUGGCUUUGUUAACUACACCAACAGUGAUGAUGCCAAUGCAGCUAUAUCUGGAAUGGAUGGCAAGGUGUCAUUGUAUAUUGCAUACUCGCAGGAAAUUGAUGGGCGGCCGGUACGUGUCAACAUCGCUAACGACAGACCUGCAGGGAACCGCGGUGGUGGUGGCUAUGGCAGUGGCGGUUUCGGAGGUGGUGGCUAUGGUGGUGGCAACCAAAGCUAUGGUGGUGGCUAUUAA